CUGGGGCGGGUCGGGCCAGGAGUCCCCGGAGGCCCGCACCUUCCAGCGCAGGGCAGCCGGAGCCACGCCGGGGCACCCUCCCUCCGGGCUCCCGCUCCCAGGCCCUCUCCCGGGUCCCGGCGGCCUCCGCGCACAGGAGUCCCGGGAACCGCGGGCGCGGCUCCAGCCCUGGAGCUCUGGGAUCAGCCGGGAGCUGGGGGGCGCCCGGAUCCAACUCCGUCCACCUCUUCCCUCGGGCUGAGAGGGUCCCGGGCGCCGUCUGACCUGCCGACCCCGGAAGCCGCGGAGCCGGGCGGGGCAGGGGCAGUCUUCCACCACGGGGAGCCCAGCUGUCAGCUGCUUCACGGGAAGAUGCUGCGUCAGCGGGGCCGCCCUGGCCUGGAUGUGCACGUGGGUGCAGCUCUGGGAGCACUGUGGUUCUGCCUUACAGGAGCCCUGGAGGUCCAUGUCCCUGAAGACCCGGUGGUGGCCCUGGUGGGCACCGAUGCCACCCUGCGCUGCUCCUUCUCCCCUGAGCCUGGCUUCAGCCUGGCACAGCUCAAGCUCAUCUGGCAGCUGACAGACACCAAACAGCUGGUGCACAGCUUCGCCGAGGGCCAGGACCAGGGCAGCGCCUAUGCCAACCGCACAGCGCUCUUCCCGGACCUGCUGGUGCAGGGCAACGCAUCCCUGAGGCUGCAGCGCGUGCGCGUGGCAGACGAGGGCAGCUUCACCUGCUUCGUGAGCAUCCGGGACUUCGGCAGCGCUGCGGUUAGCCUGCAGGUGGCUGCUCCCUACUCGAAGCCCAGCAUGACCCUGGAGCCCAACAAGGACCUGCGGCCUGGGGACACGGUGACCAUCACGUGCUCCAGCUACAGGGGCUACCCGGAGGCCGAGGUGUUCUGGCAGGACAGGCGGGGUGCGCCUCUGACCAGCAACGUGACCACGUCGCAGAUGGCCAACGAGCAGGGCUUGUUUGACGUGCACAGCGUCCUGCAGGUGGUGCUGGGUGCAAAUGGCACCUACAGCUGCCUGGUGCGCAACCCCGUGCUGCAGCAGGACGCGCACGGCUCCGUGACCAUCACACCCCAGAGAAGCCCCACAGGAGCCGUAGAGGUCCAGGUCCCUGAAGACCCGGUGGUGGCCCUGGUGGGCACCGAUGCCACCCUGUGCUGCUCCUUCUCCCCUGAGCCUGGCUUCAGCCUGGCACAGCUCAACCUCAUCUGGCAGCUGACAGACACCAAACAGCUGGUGCACAGCUUCGCCGAGGGCCGGGAUCAGGGCAGUGCCUAUGCCAACCGCACAGCGCUCUUCCCGGACCUGCUGGUGCAGGGCAACGCAUCUCUGAGGCUGCAGCGCGUGCGUGUGGCAGACGAGGGCAGCUUCACCUGCUUCGUGAGCAUCCGGGACUUCGGCAGCGCUGCGGUCAGCCUGCAGGUGGCUGCUCCCUACUCGAAGCCCAGCAUGACCCUGGAGCCCAACAAGGACCUGCGGCCCGGGGACACGGUGACCAUCACGUGCUCCAGCUACCGGGGCUACCCUGAGGCCGAGGUGUUCUGGCAGGACGGGCAGGGUGCGCCCCUGACCAGCAACGUGACCACGUCUCAGAUGGCCAACGAGCAGGGCUUGUUCGAUGUGCACAGCGUCCUGCGGGUGGUGCUGGGUGCAAAUGGCACCUACAGCUGCCUGGUGCGCAACCCCGUGCUGCAGCAGGACGCACACGGCUCCGUAACCAUCACAGGGCAGCCCAUGACAUUCCCCCCGGAGGCCCUGUGGGUGACUGUGGGGCUCGCUGUCUGUCUCGUUGCACUGCUGGUGGCCCUGGCUGUUGUGUGCUGGAGAAAGAUCAAACAGAGCUGUGAGGAGGAGAAUGCAGGAGCUGAGGACCAGGAUGGGGAGGGAGAAGGAGCCAAGACGGCCCUGCAGUCUCUGAAACACUCUGAAAGCAAAGAAGAUGAUGGACAAGAAAUAGCCUGACCAUGAGGACCAGGGAGCUGCUGCCCCUCCCUGUGGCUCCUACCCUCUGGCUGCAAUGGAGCUGCACUAUGAGCCCCGCCCCCAACAGAUGUGUCCCGCUCUGACAGGUGGGCUCCUUCUCCAAAGGAUGCGAUACGCAGACCACCGUGCAGCCUAUUUCUCCAAUGGACAUGAUUCCCAAGUAAUCCUGCUGCCUUAUUUCUUAAUAGACACAAUACACAGACCACCCCACAACGUUAUUUCUCUGUCAUCCUGCCUGCUGCCUUAUUUCACAGCACAUGCAUUUCCUAGGGACACAGUACCCUGACCACAUCACCACCCACUUCUUCCAGUGCUGCGUGGACCAUCUGGCUGCCUUUUUUCUCCAAAAGAUGCAAUAUUCAGACUGACUGACCCCCUGCCUUAUUUCACCAAAGACGCGACACAUAGUCACCCCGGCCUUGUUCCCCCAAUGAGACUGAUACGCUAGUUACCACGUUCAGACCGGCUUCCACCUGCAUAGAAUCUUGUCUUCUCAGAUGGGGACAGUGCAGCCUCCGCAUCUCCUGGAGUCUAGAAGCUGUUUCCUCUCUCCUCCUUCCUCCUCUUGCUCUGGCCCCAGUAUCGACCUUUUACCUCCCUGCCCCAAGUGAAGACAGGGUACUCUUCGCCCACCACACGCACAGGUACGCAGAGAGACCUGCAGGUGCACGUGCUGGAACACGUGUGGUUCCCCCCGACCCUGGCCCAGCCUCCUCUGCAGCGCCCCUUCUCCUGCCCACCCUCCCCGCAGAAGCACGUGCUGUUCUCCAGGGAUCUGUGACGGGGCCCCUGGCGGUCACCUUCUGUCCCUCUGCCUUUCCACCUCUUGGUUCCCUUACUUUCAUUUAUCCAUUCAGUUAAUGUUUAUUGAGCAACUACAGAUGUCAGUACUGUGUUAGGUGCUGGGGGUCCUGCGUGGGAAGGUCAGUUCCUCCCUCAAGGACUCCCCAUCCAGCUAGGAGACAGAGAGCCAACUACACUCCCCUUGCAGUUCUCGGUGGGGCUCCUGCCUCGCUCCCUGCUCUACCACUCCCUUGUGCUCAAGGCUUUCUGGAUACUUCACCCCCAUCCCAUCCCUAAUUCUUACCCAGAGCAUGGGGUGGGGGCAGAAACCUGGAGAAGGGACAUAGCCCCUUGCACGGCCAGAGAAUCUGGUGGGUGUCCAAAGUGUCUGCCUAGGCAUGGGCAAGUGGGCAGACACCAAGGUCCCCAGACCUCGCAUAGCAGCGGCAGGGGCAGAGCCUGGGGCAGAGUAAAGCCAGGAGUGCUUUGGGGACACAGAGGGGACUGCCACCCACCCCCACCAUGGUGCUAUUCUGGGGCCAGGCAGGCUCUUCCUGGCUUAACUCUGGCCAGCUCCAGGCCUCUGGUGGAGUGAGACUUCAGACGUUCUGAUGCCUUCCGGAUGUCAUCUCUCCCUGCCCCAGGAAUAGAAGAUGUGAGGACUUCUAAUUUAAAUGUGGGACUCAGAGGGGUUUUGUAAACCGGGGGUAUAUUUUGGGGAAAAUAAAUGUCUUUGUAAAAAGCUU